UUUUUGAGCUGCAUUCUGAAGGAUACGCUCUGCGAAACACUGUGUGCCAAGUUAUUAAUCGUAGGUUGGGUUCGCAUUUUCCAUGCGAAUCACUUUGAUAGGCAUAUCUACUCACCAUCAUGGUAAUCAUUACUUGUUGGCUUCGCUCCCGCCCAGGUGUGUCAUUCUCGUUGGAUCUUCGACGAGACAACUCGAGCAACACGCGCCCCGGGUUUUCUCUCACAAUGUAGCAAAUUGCUAGACUUUUCCAAAGCCCUGCGCCUUCUUUCCCAUGGUGCUUUAGCCCUUCACGGUUGCUGUGGCUGUCGCCUUUUUUGUUCCACCUCGCUGCCCCCACAUGUUUGCUUGGUUCACCUUCCUUGCCUCCACUCCCUUGCUUCCAUUUCCUUCUUUCCACCUCCCUGUCCUCACCUCCCUGUCCUCACCUCCUCGUCCCCAGCUCCCCGCCCUCACCUCCUUACCCGCACCAACUUACCCCCAUUUCCCUACCCCCACCUCCUUGACUGCACCUCCGUAUCCCCACCUCCGUGACAGACUGCACCUCCUUGACUCCACCUCCCACCUCUUUAUCUCCACCUCUUUGACUCCAUCUCCUUGACUCCACCUGCCUGCCCCCACCUCCUUCUCCCCAUCUCCUUCUCCCCACCUCCUUGACUUCACUUCUUUGACUCCACCUCCCUACCCCCGCCUCCCUAUGUCCACCUCCCUCCCACCAAAUCCUUAUUUCCACUUUCUUACCCCCACCUCCCUGCGGUAACUGCACUGUGUUCGCUGUCGCUGGUAUGGUCUGGCUCUUUGCCUGGAGAUAAGCCCCGACGAAUGAAACUGCAGCUGAUGUGCCAACCGGGUAUGUUUCAACCCGUACAUAAAAAUAUUUCGCGUAUCGGGCCCCCAGGCAAGCAGACCAGGCUCGUUCUUGGGCAGUUUCAGUGGGUUUCAAGGUUUAAGCUUUGUGAUUCGUUACAUACGGUCUUUUUCUGUUUCGUGUAAGGAUUGAGAAUAGUUGGCCAUCGGUAGCUUUAGGCUGGGAAUAAAGUUCAGGGCUGUUAUUCUCGAUUUUCAGCAAAUGUCGAGUUUUAUGGUUAGCUAGGUUGGUAGUAUUAAGCUAAGGAAAAAGUUGCAGGCUGUAGGUCUUCGCUUUCAGCAAGUGUUUUGGUAGCAGCCCACCAGAUCGGCCGACUCUAGUUGAUUCGGUUUCU